UUGUCAGUCAAUUUCCGUUCAACAGGUACAGUGGAGCGCGAGACAGCGAGCCACGUUGGCUGUGUUGUAAUUUGGAAUGGUACAGGGAAGCUGCUGCUUUGUCGGUCGGUCAGUCGGUCAAUUAAAGAGCUCUUCGGCUUGUUUGUAGAAUGAGCGUGGGUUUCAUAGGUGCGGGUCAGCUGGCCCACGCUCUUGUGAGGGGCUUCACUGCUGCAGGCGUGAUUGCCACCCACAGAAUCACAGCCAGUUCCCCGGACACAGACCUCCCCACAGUACAGGGGCUGCGGAAAUUGGGUGUCAAUUUCACCACCAGCAACAAAGAGACUGUCAGCAAAAGUGAUGUCCUCUUCCUGGCUGUUAAACCAAACAUCAUUCCUUUUGUACUGGAUGAGAUUGGACCAGAUAUUGAAGAUCGUCACCUUAUUGUGUCCUGUGCUGCAGGUGUUACCAUCAGCUCUAUUGAGAAGAAACUGCAACAGUAUCGACCUGAUCCAAAGGUAAUGCGCUGCAUGACCAACACUCCAGUGGUGGUACGGGAGGGGGCCACAGUGUAUGCCACAGGCACCCAUGCUGAGGUGGAGGAUGGGAAGCUCCUGGAGCAGCUGAUGGCCAGCGUGGGAUACUGCACUGAGGUGGAAGAGGACCUGAUCGAUGCUGUCACAGGCCUCAGUGGCAGUGGUCCUGCUUAUGCUUUUACAGCUGUAGAGGCGCUUGCUGAUGGUGGAGUAAAAAUGGGCCUGCCUAGGAGAUUGGCUAUACGUCUUGGAGCACAAGCACUGCUGGGUGCAGCUCGAAUGCUGUUAGACUCGGAGCAACACCCUGGACAGCUCAAGGACAAUGUCUGUUCACCAGGGGGCGCCACUAUCCACGCCCUGCAUGUCAUGGAGAGCGGUGGCUUCCGCAGCCUUCUGAUCAAUGCUGUAGAGACGUCCUGUGUUAGGACGAGGGAACUCCAGUUUUUGGCGGACCAAGAGACAAUCUCUGCAGCUGCUAUUAAGAAGACAACUCUGGACCAAGUGCUGCAACAGCCUGGAGUGACUGCAGAAACAGUUGGAGUCAGAACUCGUGGGAUCAAUAUGUUCACUAGCAGCCCCAGGAUCAAGAAGAAGUGAUGGAUUUGGGUUGUGUUUGGAGAAAAUAUCAUAUAUACAUUAUGUUAUCUGUCAUCAUCAGAACAUGGAACAUGCUAUAAACAGCUACUGACAGGUGAUAGUAGUGGGAAGACCAAAUGGGUUGCGUUCUUGAAAUAAAAAUACAUUUUUGGGAUGUUAAAGUAAUAAGAGAACUCAAUACUUGUGGGUGAUGCAGACUUUAAAAAUCGUGUUCUUUCUGUUGGCAUUAGAUGGCAGAGUUUGUUGUGCCAAAUUGUAAACUUUUGUGGAAGAUGUUUGUUCAAUUCUUAAACUUUUGAAAUGCUGUAUUUUAUAAAGCAAUGAAACUGUGAGACUAUUAUUAAAACUCUCUAUAUGAAAUAG